UUUUAAUACCGUAAAGUCGUGACAGUUCUUUUGUUGUAAAUUUGUGGUAAAACAUACAAGUUUUGAAGUUUCGACUUUAACACUCUUACUGGAAAAAAAAGAAACUGAAAUGGCCAUCUUCAACGUUAUUUUCUACUUUUUACUGUACUUAACACAGAUAUUUGCAUCAACUAGUAUUGAUGAAUUAAUUUUUCCUAUUUACACCCCUACGAAAUUUAUUCUUGAUUGGCUAGCCAGUCACCCGCAUUUGAAAAUACAACAUGAUGUUGAAAAAGUUCGAAAGUUGACACCUUCGGAUCAAAACGCAAGAUUAACUAAUUACAGUCAAGAAGUAGAAUUGAACCAACCGGUUGAAGAAUCAUCAAAUAAUCAUUUAGUAGUUUUGGAUUUCAUUGGCUUGGUUGAAAAAUAUCCGGGCUACGUAGCCGAAGAACAUUUUGUAAACACAAGUGAUGGCUACAAACUUACUUUACAUAGACUCUUUAAGAAAUAUAAAAAUAAAGAUCCGCAACAAAAAAAAGUUAUUUUUAUAAAACAUGGACUAUUUUUAUCUUCUGAUGCUUAUGUUUUGCAAGGACCCGAAAAAGACCUUGCAUUCCUUUUGGCAGAACAGAAUUAUGAUAUUUGGCUAGGAAAUUGCAGAGGUAAUUCGUAUUCAAGAUCUCAUGAAUAUUUAUUCGAUAAUGAAACUGAUUUUUGGAACUUUAGCUUUCAUGAAGUUGCUUUAAAUGAUUUAACGGUUUUUAUUGAUUACAUAUUAGAAACAACUGACAGUCAUGAUUUAACUUAUAUAGGAUAUUCUAUAGGAGCAACGGAAAGCUAUAUCUUACUGUCAAAGCUACCUGAAUACAAUCAGAAAAUAAGACUCUUAAUAAGCAUCGCGCCAUUUGCUUUUUGGAAUAAACCAUUUGAUUACGAUUUUUCAGUAAAUGACAUUAUAAAUAAGAUUAAGACUCUUCAAAAUCAGACUGGUAUGCGAGAACUUUAUCCUCAAUCAUCUGCUUUACAAUUAUUGAGUUCUUUAGUACCAAGCGUCAACUUGAAUAGCAUUGAUCGAAUCCUUAGCAGCUUCUUUGGAGAAGUACCUUUGAUAGUCGAUAAAACACUUUACCAUGACAUCUUGUCAUACGUACCCGCUGGAACUUCUACUAAGACUUUGCUACAUUUGCUUCAAUUAAUUAAAUCAGGGAACUUCGAAGAGUACAAUGAUGAACUCACAGAAUCAGUAGCUUAUAACAUCACUAAAAUAAAUACACCACAUGCCAUUUUUUCAGGAAACAAUGAACAGUUUCUUUAUAUGAAGAAUGUUUUUAAACUUAAAGAAAAGUUUUCUGAUAUUACUAUUUACAAUGUGAGAAACCCAGAUACUGGAAACAUUAUAAAUAAUUUGGAUUUUCCGUGGCAAGGAUCAGCGAAGCAUCUUUAUAGAUCUAUUAUAGAUUUAGUUAAUGGAUUUUAAAAUAAACAAAUAAAAUGAAAGUUUAAUAAAUUUUA